AUGUCGUGCCACACUGAUCGAACUUCUCCCAUAUCAAGCACAGAACAAUCCAAAGAGCUCGGUCAGGCAUCAGGAUCAACGACUCCGGUAGCUGAAAAAUCACCAGGACUGAACCGCGCUCUGCAGAGCUUGCUGAUCACCCCGCAGUCCAAGGGUGCGGGCGGAGCAACCCAUUCCCCCCGAGGCGGGACGCGCAGUCCAGUCGAACCACUGGUAUCAUCGCCUUUGCGCAUUAGUUCUUCAGCUAUGGCAUCGGCUCCAAGUUCUCCGGAAAGGCACACAGCCGAACCCGGAGCUAUUCCUCGCAGAUCAUCUGAUCAGGUUGUUGAAACUGGUCGACCAAGUACGGCCCGGCUUGGCAAUAAUGAUGAUGACGCAAAAUCCAAUACUGCUUCAAAUUCUGGGGAGAAUCCGCAUGCAAAAAAACGCUUUCUGCAAGCCAGAGAUAGAUCCCAGGGUCGCAAGGGCAUGGCAGCUAUGAUGUCGGGGCGGCUCUUUCCUAGAAGCUUCUCACGCGGUCGAGACUCAUCACACGGAUCAUCCCAACGUGGAGCGUCACUUGACUCCAGAUCACCCCCUUCCCCAGAGCGGGGUCGUCCUGGUUCUUCUGGUAGUCACUCUUCUCAUGUCGAGGACUUCAAGCCAGCCCCUGCUAGCUCGGAAAAAGGAAAGGCUGUCAAUAUACACGCCUCACUCAACAAGUCAGAUGAAGCUUUGGCUAAACCCACUGGGGAUCUACCCGAUUACGUCAAACCUUCAUUUUCAGAGCAGGGGGGAGAGCGUCUUGCGAAGGACGUAUUCGAUCGUGAUAAGAACAUGAUCGAAAGCAGCGAGGACGAGGCAAAUGACACAUCCAGUGACGAUGACAGCACUCUUGAAGGUCAUCGAGGUCGCAAGAAGCAAAAGGAACGCAAUGAUAUUACAUCGAUCACCAAAAGUGACUUCGAAAAGUCUACAGACGAGAAAGCCAAGCAACCGGAAGAACAAAAAGAGACUGCCAACAUUAAUGGAUCUCAAGACAAGAAACCCCGCAAGUCUGCUUUGAAGGCCGUUGUACACCCACAGACAAGCUUCGACAUCCCAACACCGCGUCUCCAUUCAGUCGCUGGAACGCCCUACGGCUCAGACGAUGAAGCUGAAAUCGGGGACAUUCACCGCGCCCAGAAGCUGAGCAUCUCUUUGUCUGACAUUGACAACGGUGUUCCUCAUCGAUCGAUCCGAACUAUCGUCCGUGGCAACUUUUCGAGUCUGCAGGACCAAGGAGAUGGCAGUCGCCGACGCCGACGCAAGUACUUGGUAGCCACUGAUCUGAGUGAAGAAUCAGUAUAUGCACUCGAAUGGACUAUCGGGACAGUUCUAAGAGACGGAGACACGAUAUAUGCCAUUUACGUGAUGCACGAGGAUUCAACAACCACGUCGGCGGUACAAGUCGGCGAGGGAGCCAAGGCAAUGAAAGACGCAAGGGCAGUCGUUGGUAGCCAGACCAAAGAAGCCAACCAAAGCCACGGAUCUCGCACGAUUCUGGGUCGUCUUGGCCCUGGAAUUUCCAGCAAGACACAUUCUGCUGACUCCAGAGCCUCCUCCAUGGCCGAGGCCGAACGAGUUAGAGCUGUUGAGAGUGUGUCUCAGACAUGUGUGAAACUGCUGCGCAAAACGGUCUUGCAGGUCCGAAUUGCUGUAGAGGUAAUUCACUGCAAGAACCCAAAGUCUAUGAUCACUGAAGCCAUCGAUGAGUUAGAACCGACACUUGUUAUAGUGGGUGCCCGAGGCCAAAGUGCCUUGAAGGGUGUACUCCUGGGCUCGUUCUCCAACUACCUCCUUUCCAAUUCCUCGGUGCCAGUGAUGGUAGCACGUCGGAGAUUGAAGAGACAUACAUGGAAGGAAAAACUAAAGGGCACUGCGAAUGUGCGCUUGUCCAAUAAUCUAAUUACUCCGAAGAGUCUGGCUCAGGCGAAGGUAGACUGA